UCGACCUGCUUUUUUUUCUCUUCUGCAUUUCACAACAGUCAUGCUGCCAGGAAGAGCUCUGCAGGCUUUCCUCUCAGCUCUCCACUGACACCAGGAAGAAGCUCCAGAACACAGAACACCGAAUUUAUUUAUCAUUCCUGCAGAGAGGAAGACUUUGAGCAGCUCAGGAUGAAGAGAGCUGCGUGUUUCCUGCUCUCUGUGUACGCAGCAGCUCCUGUCAUCCUCUACCUGCUGCCCUGGAUCCUGGGACAUGUCAUUUUCUGUCACUUCUUGAGGUUUCCAUACUCUGUGGAUCUGAGCCGACCUGCAGACGUCCUGAACCACACCUGCAACUUCUACCUGAGCCCGGAGGAGGGGGUCUCCGUGGGGGUCUGGCAUACGAUUCCUGCCAGCCAAUGGGAGGGGUCCGAGGGGAGGGGCCCCGAGUGGUACCGGGAGACCCUGGGGGAUGGACGACCUGUUAUUAUCUAUCUCCAUGGAAACUUAGGGACCAGAGCCAUCCAUCACCGAGUGGAGCUGGUGAAGAUUUUAAGUGCUGCAGGGUACCAUGUCCUAUCUUUAGACUACAGAGGUUUUGGAGACUCCAUUGGAGAGCCCAGUGAGGAAGGGUUAACCAGUGACGCCCUCUGCCUGUACCGCUGGGUCCUGCAGCACAGCCGGGGCGCUGCGGUGGCUCUGUGGGGGCACUCUCUGGGAUCAGGAGUGGCAACAAAUACUGCCGUGAAAAUCCAGGAGCAAGGCUCUGCUGUCGACGCGUUGAUCCUGGAAGCUGCGUUCACAACAAUCGGAGAAGUGGUCGCCAUCCAUCCGGUCACUAAGAUGUACAUGUUCCUGCCAGGAUUCGAGAGCUUGAUUUGGAGCAUUUUGCACAUGAACAACAUUGUGUUUGCUAGUGAUAAAAAUUUGCAGACGUUGAGCAGCCCUCUCCUCGUCCUGCACUCAGAGGACGAUCACGUCGUUCCCUAUCACAUGGGGCUGAAGCUGUACGAGAUAUCCCUGCAGGCUCAGAAACAGUAUAAGACAGAUGUCCAGGUGGAGAUGAUUUCCUACAGCGCAGAUCUGGGAUUCUCCCACAACAACAUCUACCUCGACCCCAAUCUGACCAGCAGGCUCGGGAAUUUUCUACAAACCCUGAGAAAGUAGAGCGUCCUGCAGAGUAAAACCACAUCGAAGAGAUUCCAACAUACAGAUUUAUUUUUGUCACAAAACAAAAGCACUGAUUAUACAUAUUAAAUGACAUGUGUUUACCACUGAGACAAAGCACUUUAAAUCAUUAAUGAAGUUUUAUUUGGCUAAAGGAUGCAGAGGUUAAUGCAUGUUUGUUCUGCCUGCAGUUACUGAGGCUCUGUCGCUCAUUAAACGCAGCAUGAAUUUGCAGGACUGUGAUUUAAAUCCAGUUUAUUUCGCUGCUCUGUUUCCGACGUCCCACUGAAUUCCUGAAACGCAGAAACUCCCACGACAUGAACUCCAGGAAUGUUGAAUAUGAUGAAGUUAUUUAACCUUGUUCUCCACUCUGGCUCUUUCUCCACUGUGUGUGUUGAUGUUUAAGGACUAACACACAUUUAUAUUUAACUGCUGUGAUUUGUACGGAAGCCCUGAGAGGCAAACAAGAAAUAAAACUCUGGUUAUCUAAGUGUGAUAGGUGUGUCUCCCCUGUGUUUCUGAAUCAAACAUGUCAAAUCAUUUCCAACGUUUUUGGGAGUUUUUUUGGAUGCAUUAAAUAUUUCCUGGAUUUAGAAAAAUAUGAAUUUACUUUCUAUAUUUUCUGACCUGUGAUAAAAAAAACAGUUUUGGCAAUUAUUU